AUGGUAACCUUUCCCAGUCAACUCGACACCAAUGGAGACCAAUAUACAAUUCACAUCGUCGGCAAACCAGGGGCGACAGUGACGAUCGAGACCCCACAUCAUCCACCAGGGGGAAGCAUUUUGAAUUUAGGAGUCACAGGACAUUAUAAGGGAGCCGUGUCUCGAACCCUCUACUACCUCCAGAUAAAUCUAUUCGACCUGCAGACGAAGGGGGUCCGUAUUUCAUCCGAUGACGACUUUGCCGUUUCUAUCAUCUACGGACAGGAUAAACAUCCCGCGUCGGCAGGUGGAUAUUCGGCUAUUCCUGUUCCUGUUCUCGAAGAUCCCAGCUUCAUCAUCGUUACAUAUGACCAAAGUGGUUCUUCUUUUGUAUACUUUGCCAUUGCGUCUUCGGAAGACAACAUUACGGUUUCUAUAAAUGUCAAAACGGAUGACAGUGUCAGAUUCCGAAAUAAUGAUUAUUUUGAUGGCGACACACUGGAACUUACCCUUCAAAAACUGCAAGUCCUCCAACUAGAAUCCAAACGGGAUUUGACAGGAACUGUGAUCAGAAGCAACGGUCCUGUAACUGUGUUUGCUGGCAUCGUGUGCGCUGCCAUUCCUCUUGGAGAGAUCUUUUGUGAUAAUAUCCUGGAACAGUUACCUUCUGUAGAUCUUUGGGGAUACCGUUAUUUAGGAGCACCUCUCCUUGGACGUACAAGCGGAACUGUCCUCCGAGCUGUGGCGGCAUAUAGAAACACCACCAUAGAGAGGGUCAGUGAUGGGAAUAUAUUCAAUCUCCAAUCAGGGGAUGUGCUGGAAUGGGAAAUGGUUUCCGAAGGCGAUGACAUCAGAAGUACCAAGCCUAUACUUGUUGUCCAGUUCAGCAAGAGUUACUCGGUGAACAGCAGUGGAGGGUCAGCAAUGAUGGUCCUGCGGGCGGUGGAAUAUUAUUCCCCAAAGUUUUAUAUUAUAGCCGCUGACGAAUUUGAGACUUAUGUUAAUAUCCUCAUCAACACUGCAGAUAAUUCAACAUUAUUGUUCGAUGGCAACAUCAUUGCUUUUACAUCUGAAAUGUUUCUGGAAGGAGUUGAAAGCCUGUUUAGGUUUGCUGUCAGUGAAGGCAUACACGUCAUACAGAGCACCAAUUUCUCAGCUGUGUUCGAUGUUGUAGUUUAUGGGUACCGUCAAGGGCAAGGCAUAAGUUAUCAAGCUUUGAGCUCGAUCCCUGACCAAACAACAGAUUCAGGAACAGACCCUUUGACGUAUACAACUGCAGCUGACGAUUCAUCUUUCGUCGUUGUACAUCCUGAAAGCAGCCUUGACACAGGUCAGGCGAUUGCCAUGGAUACGGCAACACCAUGGCCUUCCUCCUUAUCUUCUUCUGCUGCUGAUGCCAGUCUUACAACUUCAGACACAAUCGAGAUUACUACUACCGAGGCGACGUCACCGACUACAUCCUCUUCAUCAUCAUCGGCUGUUUCUGCAAGCGACGUCCUUGUAUUCUCGAGCGCUGUUCUGGACACAACUUCAGCGGUUGAUUCAUCUUCUGUGUCACCAUCAACAUCCUCACCAGUUAAUUCUGACUCAGGAGCAGAAUCUGCAACACCAAUAGGUUCAACUGCCAUUUCUUCAACCAAUGCGCUAUCUACUCAUGAAAGCCUUGAAUCCUCUGGUACAGCACCAUCAUCGUCAACAGCAUCGCCGCCAGCAGAUGGAACUCCUGCAGCUGAUGCUACACAGAGUCCAGACUCUACCGCAUCUUUGUCUCAUCCAGCUGCUCUCUUCCUGGAUGUUUCCUAUUCGCCGUAUAACGCCCCGAGCCUUUGGUUUUCUAGCCAGUCGACCACCUCAGAUAAUCUAAGCCGUCUUGUCAUUUCCAGCGGGACAGCAUAUGAACUGGAGUUGGUAACCUCUCCUAAUAUCGGAUCAAUCACACCCUCGUCAGUAUCAUCCGAAACAGUCAAUGGGGGGCGGUGGGGUAUUCUUAUCGCAGGAGUCUCUGCUUCGAAGCACCAAGAUCAUUUCUGA